UGCUCCCUUCCCCUUUAAGCGCGCUGUGCAGUGAACCUGUUUGAAAUCUUCUUUUCUGUCGGUAGACUGCGGCGUGCUCGUGGCGCGUGCGCAGUGUGGGGGUGGUGACGUCAGUGCUGUAUGCGGCUGGCGAUGGCGGAGCGGCUGCUGCACGGAGACAGGGGGCUGCAAAGUGUUUAGGGAAUAAACCAAAACAAGGAGAACAUAUACUUUUGUUUAUCAAACGAAGAAAAUGAACUGAAACAACCGGAUGCAGAUUGAAGGACUCGAACACACGAUUCUUUUACUAACUGAACUGGAAUUAAACAGGUGGAUGGCACAGUCGGGGGCGACCAGAAAAAAAAAAGAAGCAGAGCUGGAUGCGAGAAAAUACCAUCGAGUCCAAAUAAAUAAUAAACACCUGGAGGACGUUUAGCAGUGGAAGGUCGGCCCAACCAUGAACGCGAAUGCUCUGCUAUUUCGGUUUGGUCCACCGGCACCAGUGAUGCUCUGGUCUGCGAUGCAAAUGGAAAAUAUUACCUUAUUUAGUACAAUAAAGCAUGACGUUAUCGUGGCUUAAUUAAGGGUUUAAAUUUCAUCGAUAAUUUUGCGACGCUGUACCGGAGGACAAGCAGUACCACAAACUUAAAAAGAAAUAAAAAAUAAAAACCCGGGAAUGUCCGCUAUUUAUUUAGGGCGAUGGAGAAUUCGGCAAAUACGAGCACAUCCGAUGUGUGAUCGGGGUUUAUAGCAAGCGGUGCUAGGCAACGGGUAUGUGGAUCUACAUAAUAUUAUUAAAUAUUUAUACCGCACCAAAAUGCAACACUUCGUGUUUUUGCAACAUAUUUAUAAUGCAAUUAACCAAGCAGCGGCAGAAUAAAGGAAUUUGCUACAGUGUAGAAAAAUCUUGCCAGCAAACAAAAACAGCACAGUUGACCACACUAGUACUUGCUCUGUGUUUGGGUAAAAAAAAAUAAACUAUUUGAAAUGACAAUUACAUUAUAAACAUGACCUUAUCAAAAAUGCCAUCAUUAUUAUUAUUAUUUUUAAAUAACCUUUUUAUAUAAAUGGCUGUCGAAAACAUUCCAGGAAAAAGAGAAAACGAGUCAUGAAAUUUGGGAACUUUAAACAAACAAUCACGGGAACAUUAUAAUUAAGGGGCGACCUAAUAAUGAGGGACGUAUGUAAAUUGAUGUUUCUGCUGGCGUGAUGUGCUUGCUUUGCAGGCGAUCAGCAAGUUUGAAGUUUAACUUUGGGGGGAAAAAAACAGCUGACGGGCAACCUGUGUGCUAAAUAGACUGCAGUCCCGAAGCGAGCACACACGGCAGUUUGUGUGUGUGUUUUAAAAGAAGGAGGAGCCAUCGGCUUUACAACCGUGUUUAUGUUAACAUGUGGCAGUCAUGCAAACAGGCCGGAGAUGGGAACUCGGAAUCUCGUGACACAAGUGCCAGUGUCUCAUAACAAUACAGUUUAGACAGGGAGGGUUACUUUAUAAAACCUGUAUUAACACAAGGAAGAAAAAUUACUUAAAGACUGGGCCAGUGAAAAAUAAGCUAAGCUCCGUGUUUGCCGAAAGAGACGAUUUUUUGUUUUGCUUUGUACAUGCCAGGACAUUGAUUAAUUAUGAUCCUUGGAUUUUGCUUACAAAUAAGAAAUUGCUAAUUAAGUAAAAUGGAGCAGGUCCUGUUGUCAAGUCCAGGUGGGCAUUCAGACUGGGAAUUGGAGCAGAACAUGGGGGAUAUUCUCAAGGAUAGUCCAGAGUCUGGGCUGGACUUUAUCCAAGGAGAGAAAGAGCUGGUGUCCCUCAAGUUUGGGGACAUUCUCCAGGAGAAUGCCUUGAACUUGGACGGCUUUUUUCGGCACUCCAGGUACCCUAAUGUGGACCAGAUCUUGUCCUGGGAUAAAGGGCCGGACUGUCCUGUACUGCAGUGGGAGAAACAUUCCAAACAGGACCCAGAUAUUAACCACACUGCCCAGGUGGAGCUCCUCGGUUUCCAUGACAAUAACUCAGUGUUCAGUAGUGACACUCCUUCGCUGCAAAGUGAAAUCUCCGCCCUGGAUUUGGAGAAAGGCUUGUCCCUGAAUACAGCCCUGCAAUCCCAAGUAGAUAUCUCCCAGCACUGUGGGAUCAAUCUGCUAGAUAUCAACACAGAGCUGGCGUUUAUAUCACAAGAUGAGGGCUUUACAUUUUCAUCACGUGGCGAAACAUCGUUAUCUGAAACGACAGACAAAGGUUCAUUUCAAGAGCCGGUGAUGGAUCUACUUGGAUUGAGUUACAAGAUCCAGGGCACACCUCUGAGCUCACCCUGCUCUCCCUCACAUACCUUGACUUCAGUCUUGGUGUCCUUCCAUGAUAGCCCAACCUACACAUGGGCGACGGAGCCCACGUCACACGAGCAAGCCCAAACCAGCUCCUGUCAUCACAUCUUCCCUAAUCUUCUAGAUCCUGCUCUACACCACACUGGAGUUGAACAGGAAGGUCCUGAGCCUGACUUGGGACAGCAUGGUUCCCUGCUGCCCUCCCAAGAAGAAUGGAAACAGGGGGGCUCCAGCAGGAACUCUGGACUCCAGCCCCAGGCUCUAGAAAGGGUUUCUGAUGAGACAACCGCAGGUGCUGAAUUGUCUUCAGAUCAGAAGUUCUCAUAUUGUGAUCCAAUGCAUGACAAACAAGAUUGUGAUGAGAAUGUAUCACAGGGUUUAGCGCAUGGCGAGCCAGGUUUAGACCACAAUUUGUUAUCCCAAGAAAAAGUGCAGGGAAAUGUAGUUUUCAAUCAGAAUUUAACUUAUGACCAGUUGCAUGACGCGCAAGGUUUGUGUCUGGAUGCAGUGCAUGGAAAAACAGUUUUGGACAAGAGGUUAUCCCAGAAUAUAUUGCACAAAACUACUGUUUUGGACCAAAAUUCUGUCCUGGAUGUAAUGCAUGAAAAGGAAGUUUUGGACCCAGAUUUGUUCCAUGAUGUAGUCAGUUGUGACCAACCCGUUUUGGACCAGGACCUUUCAGAACAGGAAUCUUCCCCAAGUUUGUUGCGGACUAACGCACGGACUCGGGAAUGUGUUUCUCCCCCGUCGGGUCAGUUGCUGGCUGAGGGGGCAGAGUCUGCAGGGGGUGGCCCGGAUCUGGGGGAGGAGGCAGUGGAGCUCUCCCCACUGAGAGCUGUGUUUGACGCGCUGGACCAGGACCAGGAUGGCUUUGUUCGCAUGGAGGAAUUUGUACAGUUUGCUACCGUCUAUGGAGCAGAACAGGUGAAAGAUUUAACCCGUUUCCUGGACCCUGGCGGCCUGGGUGUGAUCAGCUUUGAAGAUUUCUACCGUGGGAUCACAGCGAUCAGCAAUGGAGGCUCGGACAGUCCGCUGUAUGAAAUGGGGUUCAGUCCUGGGGCAGAGACAGUAGGCUGCCCUGAGGAGUAUGAUGAUUAUGCUGCCUAUGAGCAGAACGAGGUGACGGACAGCGCGUACCUGGGCUCAGAGAGCACCUACAGCGAGUGUGAGACUUUCACGGACGAGGACACCGGCACGCUGGUGCACCAGGAGAUGCACGAGGAGGUGGAGACGGACAGCGCUAUCGACGCAGCGCUGUCCUACACUGAGGAGGGGGCCAACGGGCCCCACCAGCACCAUCUCUCGCUGGGCUCGGAGCUCAACAACCACUCUCUGGUGACAGUGAUCAGUGGGGAAGAGGAGCACUUUGAGGACGUCGGGGAGGGCCGUGACUCGAAGCUGCUAGCUGACACCUCCACCACGGGGCAGGAUGCGGACACCAGCUUGACCAGCCAGCUUGAGAGCUCCAUGCUGCUCUCACCCAGCGCUGGUUCUUUCCCUGCAAGCUUACAGAGCUUUCUUAGGGAGGAGGUGCUGGACUUUUUUUGUAGCCAGUGUCACAAACAAAUUAAUCGCCUUGAGGACCUCUCUGCCCGCCUGAAUUACCUUGAAAUGAAUAGCUCCAGCAAGAGUCUUUCCAGCAGGAAGAUGGCGAGGCACCUUCACCAGACCAGCACACUAACACUGGACAGCAUAGAGGACCUGUCAAGAGACAUCAUGGAGUUCGCAGAGACUGAUAUGACUGACAAGGUCAUGUUCUUGGAGAAACGUGUGUCGGAGUUGGAGAAGGAUUCAGCAGCGAAUGGGGAGCAGCAUACCCGUCUGAGACAUGAGAACCUGCAGCUCGUACACAGGGCGAACGCUCUGGAGGAGCAGCUGAAGGAACAGGAGUCCCGCUCUGAGGAGGCCCUGCUCACUGAGAUCCGCCGGCAGAAGGAGGUGCUGUGCAAGGUGGAGAGAGAGCGCAGCAUUGAGAUCGAGAACCUGCAAGCCAGGUUGCAGCAGCUGGACGAGGAGAACAGUGAGCUGCAGUCGUGCCUUCCCUGCCUGCGCGCCAACAUCGAGAGGUUGGAGGAGGAGAGGCGGAAGCUCCAGGACCAGGUGGAGGAUGUGACUCUGCGACUCAACGAGGAGCUGGAGAGCCGGUGCAAGAUGGCAGACAAGUUGGCUCAUGAGAGACACAAGAACCAGAAGGAGAAUGAGUCCACGCAGGAGCUGAUAGAAGACCUGAGGAAGCAGCUGGAGCUCCUGCAGUUGUACAAGCUGGAGGCGGAGGCGAGGCGCGGGCGAUCGGCCAGCGCGGGGCUGCAGGAGUACAACAGCCGCACACGAGAGGCAGAGCUGGAGCAGGAGGUGCGGAGACUCAAACAGGAUAACUGCAGCCUGAAGGAGCAGAACGAUGAGCUCAACGGGCAGAUUAUCAACCUCAGCAUCCAGGGAGCCAAAAACCUCUUCUCGGCCUCCUUCUCGGAAUCACUAGCAGCAGAGAUCAACUCGGUGUCACGUGACGAGCUGAUGGAAGCGAUCCACAAGCAAGAGGAUAUCAACCUCCGACUGCAGGAGUACAUCGACCGGAUCAUCGUAGCUAUCAUGGAGUCCAACCCCUCUAUCCUGGAGGUGAAGUAGCACCUCCCUCCCUGGAGACAGGCCCUGAGCCCCCUACUCCCUUGCAUCAUCGCUGAGCCAUCACUGUGAGGGAGUAGAAGAGGGGGCUCAGGUGAUGAGUUUGGAUCCCUGGUAUCGGGCUGGUCUUGUCUGUAAAUAGUUUGUUUGUAUCCAGGGGCUGGCAUGCCAGUGGGGAGUGCAAUGGAAGGGACUUCUGUCUUUCUGUACUGAGUGGCUCCUGUGACUUCCAGUGGUUGGAGUCCUUACACCAGGGAAGGAGGGGCCUGGCUUUCCCAAAUAACUGUGUGUGUGUGUGUGUGUGAGAGAGAGAGAGACAGCGCGCUUCUCCCAUCGGGUUCACAUGUCCGCACUCUGCCUUCCCCUUUUAUAGGUGAAAUAAUAAGGUUAAAACUGAUUUUCUUCGCUCACAUUAGGAUAACAUAUCAUUUUGCACUUUGAUUCCAGGUGAAGCCCAUUUAUCCUGCCAUAUCCCUGUCAGUUUAGUGGAAGACGAGUACUAACUGUGUAAUGGGUAUUGGGACACCACUGGGGACUGUUCUUGGUGCUGUGGCAGGCUAAAUGGGGCUUCACUGAAGUCCAAGUGAAAACUUAAACUAAAAUCAGCAAAAUACUGCAAGAGACUUCAGGAUGUUCUCCUAAUGGGAGGUACCAAACAAUCUGGUCAGCUCGAUUCUAGGACUGGCAUUAACUGCCUAUAUAGCAACCUUUUCCUCGAACAAGCCUACCAUUUCAUUUGUUACUUCAUGUAGAUAGAGUUUGCCAUUGCAUUACCAGAUUACAAUUCAUUUGUACAAACAUUUUAUUCAAUACACUACUAAAAUACAAUUCACGAUGAAAUAGCACGUUUUAGUUGGAGAUUGUAGUUUGGUCCCUGUCUAGUUCUUGUGGUGGUUUAGUCUCCAGUAGUAGAGGAAAAUAAGUUUCUUUUGAAAAUUCAUUUCACUGAUAUUGCAUGUAUUUAUUCAGUCUGUCCCUGACUAGGUAGCAGUGCACAUGUUAACCCCAGUGUAUCUGUUUCAGUGUAUCUGUUUCAGUGUGUGUGUGUGUGUGUGUGUGUGUGUGUGUGUUAGCUAGUGAUUUCACCCCUCUCUGCUUUGGCUCUGUACAUAAGGGAGCGCAAACUAUGGCCUGGAGGGCCACUCCCUGUGGCUGUGCUGCAGAGCAAGGGCCAAAUUACUGGUCCUCAGCAGCAGUGUGCCAGUGACGCUUCACUCUGCCAGCAGGGGGCGAUCUCACCAACUCUCACGUAAACCCUGGCUCUCCGAUAUUUAUACAAUGCAAGCAAUACAGUAUGCCGAUGGCUAUAGGCUGAGCCUAUUUUACAAAAUGGCAGUGUUGGAAAUAAUGUAAAUGAAGUGUAAACUUUCAGUUGUGAAUUUAAAACUAACAUGUCUUAAAGAAUCCACAGGGCCUGUCGUACAAUAAAAUCCAAUCGGUUGCUUGCUUUCAUUUUUCUGCUGGCUUAGCAAGAGGAAAGCACACAGUAGUUGUAAAGCUGGUAGGAGUGACCUACUCUCUAGUGAGAGUCUGGCCAAAGCCAAUGAAGAGAAGUUGAGAGUUUCUCAGGAGUUUAAAAAGGCAUAGACUAAAAGCUUAAAUUCAAUUGCACUGUAGUACUGCAUAUUCUUUUAAGUACUGUCUGCUACACUUACAUAUACUUAACUUAAGUACACAGGCAAUCACAUUUCGGGGAGUAGUGGAUUAUUGUCAAUCACCUAAUUACCUUAAUUCUUACACCGGUGAAAGUUUAAAAAAAAAAAAAAUGUUUAUUGCACUUAUACCUUGAAGUGUCACUGUUUUGGGAUUACGCAAAGACAUGAGAGACUCUAAAGUCACGGUAUGAAAAAGAUGAAGAUAUUUUCUGAAUGAUGUUCAGCUUUGUUUUGCUAUAGAAUCAGACUGUUCUCAGUUUUAAUAGACCUGUAUAUGUGUGCUGACUUCCUGCCUCAGUCAGAAUAAUAUACCUGUAUACGUGUGCUGACUUCCUGCCUCAGUCAGAAGGAGUUCUGCACAUUCUGUUCUGACAUUGAGGUAGGUCGCAGUGGAAAUAUUGAGAUACUGUUGAGAUACUGUAAUCUCUCCUGGGGAAAUGACAUGUAAUUAACGACUGCAUUACAAACAGAAUUAUUAUAAAAUAAAAAUUCAUGUUGACAUUUCUCAUAGUUUAUAAAGAUUUAGUUUAAAUGCAUUAUGUGAAAGAAUAUAAUUUCACUGCUCUUUAUAUACAGUGUGGUUUGUUCAGUCAGGCAUGUUGGCAGGCAAUUGUACUGUAUUAUGUAAAUCACUUAAAUAUUUCACUGUAGCAAGAUAAGAGGGAGAACUGCACUAUGAAUAAAGUCCAAUGCAUGGCAAUGGAGAGAAGUGGUGGAAUAAUAUAUUUUUAUACUGCUGAACUCCUUUUCACAGUAUCGAAGUUAUAAAAGCAAGGAAAGGGGUGAAUACUGUCAGAUCUACCAUAUUCGAUUCCUGACAUGAUUUUUUUAAAACUUUGGAAACUAUGAAGUUCAUUAUAAAUAUUACAGGAAACUGUUUUUGGAUAAUACUUUAGUACUAGGGCAAUAUUUCCUGAACUGGCAGAAAUUAAAACUGGCAAUCAGAUAUUGGGGUAUAUUUCAAUACUCUGAUUAGCCAUUUAUCUCUAUUUAUCAUGCUGGUUGAAACAAACAAAAAAAGGGGGAAGAAAAAAGUUGAAGAAUGUGUUUUGAGAACCAACAUCUUUCCUGGUGAAAUGCAAGCUUUUUUUUCUCUCUGUUAAUUCAUAAUUGUAAUUUAGGGGUUGAUUCAAUUGAUGCAGUGUGGAGUAGUGGUUAGGGCUCUGGACUCUUGACCGGAGGGUCGAGGGUUCAAUCCCCGGUCGGGGACACUGCUGUUGUACUUUACCUAGAUUGCUCCAGUAAAAACCUAACUGUAUUAAUGGGUAAUUGUAUGUAAAAAUAAUGUGAUAUUUUCUAACAAUUGUAAGUCGCCCUGGAUAAGGGCGUCUGCUAAGAAAUAAAUAAUAAUAAUAAUAAUAACCAAUAGCUUGAUAAGCCACAGCUGGAUCUUAUAGUGCAUUCUACAGUACUGGAGAAUCGCCCCAAAUAAAAAGUGGUUGAUGCAAGCCAGUUGGAUUCCCUGGUUCUGUAAACUUCCAUAAAUAAAAAUGGGAAAAAUCCAGCUGUGGCUUAUCGUGUAGGUGUUGUCAGCCCCUUAGCCUAGUUAGAAUGUGCAGGACAUUGAGUUGCAGAACAUUUCUGUUUGUUUCACCUGUGUCCUUCUUGCCAAAAACAUUCCUUAAAUCAAGCUCUGCAAAGAACAGCAGAAAUGUAAAAACCCAGUCAUUCAGAGGUAGCACCCUGGAAAAGCUACACAGCCCCACAGUGGAAUCCCUACAAGAUAAAGAAGCCCCUCUAGAACUGUCUUGCAAACCUCUUCAACUCGCGCUCGCUUCUUAACAUUUCGCAGUGGCCUUGGAUGUAAAUCUAAUGUAUAUUUAGAAACCUUUCUAUCUGGUAGCUGCAGUUAUUUUGUAUAGAAUGAAGGAGAAUGAUUAUUUUUGUUUUCUUCUUGUUUGCAAUGGGUGACCCAGUCAGAAUUAAUCUGUACCCCUGAAACACCUCCUUUUUAUUUAGAUCCAGAUGUACCUAUCUCCCCCUCUCACUCGUGUGUAUAAGCUGAAAGAUGUCUGCAAAUGGUUUUGAAUCCUGAAGGGCUGGUUAAUACUGCUGUGGGGAGAUGGCAUAAUUCGUUUACUUCAUUUGGCGCAAUGGUGAUUGGGAAUUUAUUACACUUUUGAUUUAUAUGUUUACUUGCGUAGUUACCGUGUACAACUGGAAUUCAUACAUUAAUUAGCCAUAUUCUUGAACUAUCUUCCCCAAUUGAUUCUUAUCCAGGUCUGAAACCAGUAUUAACUAAUAACACUCCAAUUAAUAUCCCCUGAUUUUUUUGAUUUAUUUAAUUUUUCAGCAUUGUUCAUUAUUGUAACUUUACAUGGUAACUGUUUCAUGCAAAAGUAUUUUUCUUUAACUUUUAAUCUAAUUAGUGCCUGAUCAAAAAAGCAAUUGAUUUCACAAUAUACAUGAGGAUGUUAGAAGUUGAACAAAAAAAAAGGAUAAGAACAUAAGAAACUCUAGAACAAGGAAAGGCCAUUCGGCCCACCUAUGCUCACUCACUAGUGUCAGCGUGGUCCAUUAGCACUUAGUUUAUUCUUGAAGGAUCCGAUAGUCUCUGCUUCAACCACUCUGUCCGACAGCCUGUUCCAAUGGUUCACCACCCGUUCUGUGAAAAAGCUCCUUCUCCCCUUGAUUCUGAAUAUGCCCUUCAGCUUCCACCCAUGGCCUCUGCUUCUGUUCUCUGUGACCUGUGAAAAAAGUAAUUCUCAGCAGUUACUUUGUUAAACCCCUUGACAGUUUUAAAUACCUCUUAUGUCGCCUCUGACUCUCCUUUCUUGGCUAUACAGAUUCAGUUGUUUCAGUUCAUCUUCAUAUGACAUACCCAUCAAUCCUGGAAUUAAUCAUGUUGCUGUCCUCUACUCUCUCCAUUGCCUCAACGUCUUUCUUAUGAUAUAGGGACCAGAACUGUACACGGUAUUCUAGGUGUGGUCGUACCAGUGCAUUGUAUAAUUUAAUGUAACUUCACUCGCUCACAUUCAUUUGCCCCUUUUAAGACUGUAGACCCGACACACAGAAUGGAUAAGUGCUUUUAAGCACACUUUUAAUGAGAAAAUAAACAAAACAAAAACCUAACUCCUUCGGAUUACUAACUAAACUCUCAGGACCAGCCCUGACUAAAAAGUGGGAUGGCUAAGCCGUUUCCCCACAAGCUAAAACACGCAGUUUACAAAACGCAAACUGUACCACACAUGUUCAGUACUCACAUAAUUAGGGUGCCCCCUUCCUUACUUAUUUUUUUGAUGCUGGCAUAUACAUCUUUCUUUAAUGAUUCAUCGGACUUGGGGGGCCUAUAAUAGACUCCCACUAUUAAACCUUUAGGUUUGUUUUAAUUUAAUCCAAAUUGAUUCAUUGUUGUUGCCAUUACUUUCCAGUAUUAGUUAACCAGAAUUCCGUUAUUCCUAUAACGUCAUGGUUAUCCACCUUGACUAUGGCUUCUAGAAUGUAUUUCUAAAAAUGUAUUUCUAAUGCUUAGGCAUUUCAGUUUAUGUACAUCGGCAACAAUUUGUUUGUACUUUGUUGUUUGUAGUGUAGCUCCCCCUGGCUCUAUCCACUCUGCCUGAUUACUCUGUUAACCUUCUCCCCCAGAGCACUGGAUCCCCUCCUGUUUAGGUGUAGCCUGUCCCACCGGUACAGGCCACGCCCCGUCGAGAAGGUUCCCCAGUGCCCCAUAAACCUGUGCCCCUCUUGCCUACACCAGGUUUUUAGCCACGUCUGAAAACUUCUAAUCCUCACUUGUUGUCUUGGCCCUGCGCUUGGCACCGGCAGUAUUUCCGAGAAACUACCGGAGGCUGUGCUUUUAAUCCUUUGUCCUAGCUCUAUAAAUUUAUUUUGCAGAGGCUUCUGAUUGUGUUUACCUAUGUCGUUUGUUCCUACGUGAACAAUAACUGGAUCCACCCAGGCCAAGAACCUGUCCAGCCGUGUCGUGAUAUCAUGCACGGGGCACCAGGUAGGCAACACACCGUUCACCACUCAGGAUCACGGCUGCACACCUGACUAUCUAUGUUCCUAAUGAUUGAUUCCCCUAUGACUAUUGCUCCCCUUUUUUAAUUUCCCCUGGGGGGCUGUGGCACCAUGGUGCCCUGGCUUCGCACUGCACCCUCCACUGUGCUUGCUGUGUCUCUCCGAAGGGAGCAAACCUGUUAAGAUCAGCUCUGCAGUGGCUGUUUAGGUGCACUUCUUUUUCUUCUGUUCCAUCCCACUGUAACCCAGUCCCUACCUGGUACUGUUUACUCCCUCCUCUCCUCUAUUUGAGUGCACACCUCUAAAAGAUGGUUCUAUAAAAUCUUCUGCUUCUAUCAUGCUGUGCAGUCCAGCCAGCCUUGCCUCAAGGCCUGCCAACCAAGCCUGAAGGUCAGAGACCAGCUGGCAUCGUUCACAGGUGUUUUCCACAUUCUGCAAACCUGGUACUGCAUGUCAGCCUUUAUAUAAUAUCUGGGUUUGUUUCCAAGGGAGAUCUUUACUGUUGGAAUGUAUCUUACUUUUACCAGUUAAAAUGUGACAGUAGUUUUAAUAUUACCAUAUAGUAUUAACUUAUAACUUGUUUUAAUACCUUGUGUUAGUUUAGGGCUACUGUUGGGAUUACUGUGUUGUGGUGUUUACAUUUGCUCGGUAGGUGGUAGUUGUUGAACUUUCAAUGGAUGUAGUAGAUGACAGGCCAGUCAUUGGGUAAUUAAAUAAAUAUACUUAGUAAUUUAAAUGAAAAUAGACUUGGCUUUAACUUUUGGUAGUGGUAGCCUUGUUCCUCUCUCCCUCUCGCUCUGUCUACUGUGAUUGCUGGUAAGCUCUCAUGUCCACUGUGAAAUCAAUUGAUCAGUCACUAAUAGAUUCAAAUGUAUGUUAAAAAAUACUUUUGCAUCCUUAUAUUGAACUUUAUGCGGGCCAGAAGGGAUUUCAGGUCAUCUUUUCCCUAUGAUGUUCACUAUGAACACAUCCUUUUAAUGUCAUCCUGUUAAAAAGAAAUCUCUUUAAUAGAAAUCUGAUGGUGUCUGAACUCUGCGUGGUGUUACUGGAAGGCCUGCAGGUAACUUGAUUACUGUGAGGGAGCGAGCGCUGGGUGGAGUCCCGUGCAAUUCUUUCAUUUUGUUACCAGGGGGUGCUGCAGGUCUCAGCAACUUGGUAGUGGGACAGACUUCUCCCAGGUCCCAGCCCAAUGACCAAUUUCAUUACAAUGUCGUUUCACACAAAACCCCUCGUGUUUUGAAAUGUGAGCAUUUUGAAGUAAAUCAUCCAAGCUUCAGUUAUCCGAAUAGCCCCCAUGUAAACAGCUCUUCUGCUUUGUUGUCAAAGAGAAAAUUAAUCUUAUCUCUUAUACGCAGUUCUGUUACUGUGUUUAGAUGUUUCUUAAUUUAGAAUAGCAUAGUUAUGAUUGGAUUAUCAUAGCAAAUCCUUUUUACCAGCCCCUUCCCCACCCCUUGCUCUGGAUUAAUACAUGUUUCAUUGUAGCAAUAUGAAUAGUCUGGAGGCAUUGAGUGUUAUUAAAUAGAUCUGAUUUUCUCAACAUGUACCUGUCUGCUGAUGUAAACAAGCAAGGUUGUUGGCCUGCAUACAGUCUUGAUACAAACGUUUGUUUUAAAACACAAAAAAAUGUAUGUAAAUAAGUAUUACUAGUUUUUAACAGAUUUUUUUUUCACAAUUUUUAGCUUCCAAAGAGCUGGCUUGAAGCACAUGGAUCUCAUUCCAGUGUCACUAGAGUAUCCUACUCACGGUACCUGAGGACUGUAUUGUAAAUGAAUUAUAAUUGUGUGAAGGAUAUUGUAUUGAAAAGCAAACCAACAAGCUGAACAACAUCUCUGUUUUCAUUACUAAUGUAUGUUAUUGUUCCAUUUGAAGAAAUUCCGGAAGAUGUAAUUAUAUUAUUGUAUGAAGAAAAUUAUAGACUUUCCAGUUUACUGUAAAAUGCCCCGAAUAAGAUAAUAUUGAGAUCUACA